GUCCUUAAACUACAAUCAGAAAAAACAUGGCGGGAGAUUCGGAAGAUUUACUUACUUCAAUCAAUCGUCAAAUAAAUGAGUUUGAUGCCGAAGAUGAUGAGGAUAACGUAUUGGACAUUGUCACAAGAACAACCAGGUCUAUGAACAUUCUGCAUCAUAGCAGAACAUCUCCCACAGAUUCAAGGAGCAGCACAUCAUCAAAAAAGAAGAGGAAACAAAAUACCAGAAGUAAUACAAAACAAAUGAAAUCUAGAAAUCAGAAUUCUGAUGCCGAACACACUCCAACAAGAAAAAGACUUAUAGAGGAUACUACUCCAACUGAAAUAAGAAAUAAUUUAGAGAAUGUGGGAUUAUCAAGUUGUAAAAGAGCCAAGGAAAUAGAUUCUGACUUAGACGUUACUGAAACACCAAGAAGUCGGAGAAAUCAGAGCGCAAAAACUAAAUCCAGUAUAAUUGAAAGCUUGAAAAAAUUUAAAAAGAAAUCUAAAUUAACAGCUGAAAAAAUUUCAAAACAACAAUCUGAAAGUAAGGACUCUACUCCUUCAACAAGCAAAAAUGUGAGUCAAUUAAAGGACAAAACUGGAGAUCAAAUUGAUGAAAUUCAUAGCCUUGAAGAAGAAAAGAAAAAAUAUCAAGCUCUUAUUGACGAGGGACUCAGGGAGAUUAAUGAAUUGAAGGCUGAAUACAGAGAUGUUGAAUCCAAAAGUAUUGCAGUUGAAGCUGAUAUUGAUAUAAUUCAAACAUGUCUUUCCAGAUAUCCAGACAGAGGACGUGAAAAGAUCCAGACAGCUAUCGGGAACUUGAAGAAACAGAUCAGCUUAACAAGUGAACAGACUGGGGUCAAGAUCCAUGAUGUUUGUACCUCACUAAAAAAAGAUGAUGAGAGGGAAUGCAUCUGGGACUAUGUUGUGAUUGGAUCAUCUUAUGACACAACAUUUGAAAUCAACUACCUGGUACAGGAGGAAAAGGGGGAGGAGAGCAUUGCCAGAAUAUCUGGAUUAAAGAUAAACCUCCCAGAGACUAGCCUAGAGCUUGACGAUGGUGUAACAGGAUAUGAAGACUCCAAUGCCCUGAAUGAGUUCAUAACACAGAUCUUACAGCCCUUCUCUAAAUGGGCAAGGGACAGAGAGAAGUUAUUUCAAUAUCUCACCGAAAAAUAUCCAAAUCUUUGUCAGAUUCUUGGACCUCAAGUGCUAUCUAUUAAAAAUGAAGAAAAACCUGGGGCAGAUUGGUUGAUUGUUUGGAAGUUCAGACUCGACGCUCUCACUGAGACUCGACUGCUCCCUGACAUACAGCUUCAUGUGUGUGCCCCAACUUCAAUGUGGAAGUUGGAUGAAAAUGGUGCACUGCAGAACACUCCUGAGAAAUUCAGAAAACUUGUGAAAAAACUCGGCGUAACAAAAGCUGUUGAGACAUUGAUAAAUGCCAUAAAAUAGGCUCUGAUGAAGUUGUUAUCAGAUCCAACUUGCUCAGUGAGGAAAACCUAUAUUUAUACAAAUUAUGGCACACACGAAUGAUAUUAAAGAUUAUUGAAUGAUGGAGAGGAUGAUAUACCAAAAUAUUGACUAAGUGAAACAAUAUCACAUCAGAAAAAAGUAAAAAGUGUGCUACCUAUAUUUCGUUAUCAUCUGGCCAUGUGAUGUGUUUUAACCAAUUAUGUUUAAUUGUGAUAAUUUUAAUAUUAUGUACAUUCUAUGUACAUAUAUCUAUGUAGAAUUAAUCAAUGUUAUGACUGGUAUAUAUAUAUAUUAAAGUACCAGGAUUAGUUUUACAUUUAUUUGUCAAAGAAUUCAUACUUUUGAACUUAUCUUUUUAUGAUUUAAAAUUAUAAAUAGAAUUUGAUAAAGAAGUUUCAUUAGUUACAUUUACAUGUAAGUUGAGCUGUUCAUCGCUCCAAAUAAUUUGUUGUGAAUAAAAUAAAGUUUUAAAAAAAUGAAGCAUCUUGUGAAAGUACUUACUGUUAGUCUUGGCAUUACAGAUCGUAUGUAAGAGAAUGUAAUAACGCCAUAACCAUGAGGUAGUGAAUUCACAACAUGUGAGCUCCUUGCGUUUCUUCAAUUUGUCAGGAAAUGUAAAAAGAGAAUAUUGCACCUUUAAG